AUGCGCUUCACUUCCAUCAUCGUCACCGGCGCUCUCGCCGUUCUGGCCGCCGCCCAGUCUACCACCACCACCACCUCCGCUUCCGCUGCCUCCUCCGCGCAAGCUGUUAUCGAGAAGUGCCUCUCGGGUUGCCCCGCCACCGAUGUGAAUUGCCAGGCCAAGUGUAUCUCUGUCCCCAACCCCAACGAGGACGCGGUCAACAAGACCACCGCUUGUGUCGCCAAGUGUGACCAGGGCGACGGAUCAGCCGCUGCCACGGAGAAGUACGCCCAAUGCACCCAGAGCUGUAUUGCUCAGUACUACUGGAGCAGCGGUUCUACCCCUGCUGCUACCGCUGGCUCUGGAUCUGGCUCUGGCUCUGGCUCUGGCUCAAGUGGUAGCGCGACUGCUGCCACUGCUACCGGUUCCGCUGCCGCCUCCGGCACUGCUACCCGGGCUUCCGGCUCUUCAGCCGCCACCGGUACCGAGGCUGCCUCCAGCGGAACGUCUACUCCCAACGCUGCUCCCGCUCUCGUCGGCUCUGCUUCGUUCGGUGUUAUUGGUCUCAUCGGCGCUCUCCUUCUCUAA